AUGGCGUCUGCUGGCCUCCAGAUUUUUGGAAUCUUCCUGGGGACGAUUGGCUUUCUAGGAGACAUCCUCAUCUGCGCCCUGCCCAUGUGGAAGGUGUCUGCUUUCAUCGGGAACAACAUUGUGACAGCACAGAUCUUCUGGGAGGGCCUGUGGAUGAACUGUGUGAAGCAGAGCACCGGACAGAUGCAGUGUAAGGUGUACGACUCCAUGCUGGCCUUGCCUCGUGACCUGCAGGCGGCUCGGGCCCUGGUGGUGAUCUCUAUUCUGGUCGUCUUCAUGGGAAUCCUGCUCGCUCUUGCUGGUGGGAAGUGCACCAACUGCAUUGAAGAUGAAGGGGCUAAGAGCAAGGUGGCCAUCGCUGCAGGGGUGUUCUUCAUUGCUGGUGCUAUCCUGUGCCUGAUCCCUGUGUCCUGGUCUGCCCAUGCUGUCAUCAGGGACUUCUACAACCCCAUUGUUAGUGAUGCACAGAGAAGGGAGCUCGGAGCGUCACUCUUCAUUGGCUGGGGAUCUGCAGGACUCCUGCUAAUCGGAGGAGCACUUCUCUGCUGCUCUUGUCAGCAGAACAAAGAUAGCAGAUACUCUGUGAAGUACUCUGCCCCCCGCUCAGCAGCCAGUGGAGGAGCCUAUGUUUGA